GUUGGACAAGAUAUUCCGGAUAUUCCGAAGCGGUCGACGAUUAGUUGUAUUUCAAUUUCGUGCGGGUUUUCUGCGUUACUUUUAGUGAUAGGAUACAAUAUUCUGUCAUCCCGCUUCUGUCGUCUCAUCGACGUGUGCCGGCGCCGUGGGCCGGCCGGUGAUGUCUCCCGCUCAUCCCUCUGACAGAGCGGCUCGGUCAUGACGGACGCGCCCGGUGCCGAGCCGGCCGCCUCUGCUGCCGCCUCCGCCUCGCGGCUCGAUGGCAAGCCGUUCUUCUGCCGCCAGUGGGCCUUCACAAAAAUCUCUCAAUGUCUGCAGCACAAACAGAGCAAGUUAGGCGGUGCGCUGGUGGUGGGCGGCGUCGGCUCGGGCAAGACGGCGCUCUGCAGCGAGUUAGCGCGUCCGACGGCCGCCACCGGUCGCCAGCUGUCCCUGCAUGCGCGGCUAGUGGCGCACCAUUUCUGCCGCACCGAGCAGGCGGACUCGCUGCGCGCCGGCACGUUCGUGCUGCAGCUGUCAGCGCAGCUGGCGCGCAGCCGACUGCUGCCCGGUUACGCCGAGAAGCUGCGCGACCCGGACGUGAGCGCGGUGCUGACGCCGGUGUUCUGCAGCCGCCAGCCGGAGGAGGCGCUGCGCCGCGCGGUGCUGUUCCCGCUGUUGGAGCUGGACGAGCCGCCGCAGCCGCUGCUGUUCGUGGUGGACGGUGUGGAUGACUCGCACCGGGCGGCGUCCGGCGGCGCGGGCAGCGUGGCCGCUUUGCUGGCCAGUCACCAGCACCUGCUGCCGCGCUGGCUGCUGCUGGUCGUCACCGCUCGACGCUCCAGUCGGGAUGUCACGCGGCUGUUCGCCGGCUUCAGAAAGAUUGUGCUGGACGACCUGCGGAAGGCGAAUGUGGUCACCGACCUGCAGCAGUACAUCCUCAGCCGUCUGGAGCGCGAAGCGGCGCUACGCCAGCACCUCAGCCACGAGACUGCCGAGAUGCUCAACCAGCUCCACAUCAAGAGCAACGGUUGCCUGCUCUACCUGGAGAAGGUUCUCAGUGGUGUGUCAGAGGGCUUCAUCCGGCUCAGUGAGGUCCGAGAGAUACCCGGCACCCUGAACGGGCUCUACCUGUGGCUCAGUCAGCGGCUGUUCACCAAGAAACACUUCCACAAGGCGCUGCCGGUGUUAAACGUGUUGUUGGCGGCGCUUCGACCACUGCCUGUGAGCACAAUAUUCGAGUGCGUGCGGCUCAAGAACGCGGCGGUGACGUGUGACGACUUUGAACGGCGUCUCUCCGUGCUGGCGCGUCUCACGGUGGAUACGACUGACGGCGCGCGGCUACUGUUCCACCACAGCUACGCCGAGUGGCUGACUGACGUCAAAUACUGCACGCAGCGCUUCCUGUGCCAGCCGGAGGCCGGCCACGGCAUGCUGGCCGCCUGGCUGCUGCGGCGGGCGCCCCAGCUGGCACCGGACGAGGUGCAGCUGCUGGCUGAGCACCUGGUGCGGAUGGAGCCGGGCCGGCCGCCGGCUGAGCCGGACCUGCUGCCGCUACUGCUGCUCUGGUCCGGCGCAGAGGUGGAGACCUGUCUCCAGGACGGACAGCCCGACUCGCCGGUCACACUCGAACUGCUGCAGCGGGCGGGAGCGGAGACGGUGCCCCUCACACUACCAGACAGCCGACAGGCGAGCGUGGAACCGACAGGAGACGAUCGGCUGGCUCCACCGGCGGCUGAGGCACAGCCGGGGCUGGAGCUGGAGCCAAGCUCCGAACUGGAGCCGGCGCUCAGCUCUGAGCUAGCGCUGAGCUCUGAACCAGACCGAGCGCCGAGCUCGGAGCUAGAACUGGAGCCGGAGCCGGAGGCGGCGCCUAGCUCUGAGCCGGAGCCGGGGCUGGAGAGUGAGCGGGACGCGGACAGUGACGGCCGACUACUGGAGAUGUACCUGGCGGAGGGCGAGCCGGCCGAACCCGCCGCCGAGCAGGCGCUACUGCUGUCGGCGGCGCGGCAGGGCGACGCCGGCCUGGUGGCGCUGCUUCUCCGCCGCCGAGUGCCCGCCGACUGCGCGGACGCCGCCGGCCAGUCCCCGCUCACACUCGCCGCGAGACACGGCCACGCUGACGUCGUGGCGGCCCUGCUCUCUGCCGGCGCGGCGCCGGACCGGCCGGACGCCGACGGCUGGACCCCUCUGCGCUCGGCCGCCUGGGCCGGUCACACAGCCACGGUGCAGCUACUGCUCAGUGCCGGCGCUACCGUGGACAGUGUGGAUGGUGAGCAGAGAACAGCUCUGCGCGCCGCCGCCUGGGCCGGACACGAUGACAUCGUAUCAGCUCUUCUCUCAGCUGGUGCAGAUGUGAACGGCACUGACCGCGAGGGACGUACGGCGCUGAUCGCCGCCGCCUACAUGGGUCACGUGGAGAUCGUUCGCCGUCUGCUGGACGCCGGGGCGGACAUUGACCAUGCUGACGGUGACGGUCGCACCGCACUGGCCGUGGCCGCGCUGUGUGUGCCUGCCUGUGAGGGCGCCGGACGCGUGGUGGCGCUGCUACUAGAGAGGAACGCUAACGUGAACCAUGAGGAUCGCGAGGGUAUGACUCCGCUGCUGGUCGCCGCCUUCGAAGGGCACAGGGAUGUAUGUGAACUGCUUCUGGAGGCGGACGCGGACGUGGAUCACUCUGACGGCGCCGGCCGGUGCGCGCUCUUCGCCGCCGCCUCGAUGGGCCACCACACCGUGGUACAGCUGCUGCUGUUCUGGGGCUGCUACUGCGACACCAUCGACCCAGAGGGACGCACAGUGCUCAGUGUGGCUGCCGCCCAGGGCUGUAUUCAGACUGUCCGCCUGCUGCUAGACCGGGGUCUAGAUGAGGGUCACCGCGACAACGGCGGGUGGACACCGCUUCACUAUGCCGCCUACGAGGGACACGCCGAUGUGAUUGACGCUCUUCUAGACGCCGGUGCUCGAGUCAAUGAGGUAGACAAUGACGGAAAGCAUGCGCUGAUCCUGGCGGCUCAGGAGGGUCACGUAUCGGCUGUGGCGGCGCUGGUGGAGCGCGGUGCCGAUGUCAAUCUGCGCUCACAUGACGGCAAGACUCCCCUGAGAAUGGCAGCGCUGGAGAGGCAUAAGGACGUGGUGCAUUAUCUGGUGUGCAACGGCGCUGACGCCAGUUAUCGUGACAUGGACGGACGGAGUACGCUCUAUCUGCUGGCUCUGGAUAACCGGACUGCGAUGGCAGCGUUCCUCCUGGACAGCGGAGCGGAUGUCGAGAGCUGUGACCUGGAGGGACGCACUGCGCUGCACGUCAGUGCCUGGCAGGGGCAUACGGAGACUGUGCGUCUACUGCUGCAGCGCGGGGCAGACCCUGACGCCAUUGACGCCGAGCGUCGCACGCCUCUGAUCGGCGCCGCCUGGCAGGGCCGCCCGGCGGUGGUGCGCGCGCUCCUGGCGCAUGGCGCGACUGUGGACCACACCUGCAGCCAGGGAGCGACCGCGCUCUGCAUCGCCGCUCAGGAGGGACACCUCGAGUGUGUGCGCGUGCUGCUGGACCAUUUCGCUGACCCAAAUCACUCAGACAUGCACGGCAGGAGCGCGCUCAAAGUGGCGCUCAAGGGCCGUCACGAGGCGGUAGUGCGUCUACUGGAGGAGUAUGGGGCCAGCAGCGCCGCACCGCCGCCCCAACCGCCGCCGCUGCCGGUCCACCAGCCGCCCUGCCACGCGAGCGCCAGUAACGCGUCCAUGAACUCAGUCUCGACCGCCGAGACGAAGCCGAGCAGUGCGGCGCUGGGUGGCGCCUCCCCAGUCGAUUCUCCCUCCUCGACGUUCGAAAAGCGCCAGUCGUGCGCCUCAUUCGGCAAUCACUCUCACUCCAAGUCUAGCAGUAAUCUGACCGACUCGACGGGCAAAUCGUCACAGACGUCUCAGCCGGCCGCUGACGCUUCGCCGACUCCGGCGGCCGUCUCUGGCGGGCUGUCGUUCACUCAGCAGCUGCAGCGAUGUCGGCGGCGCGGCGGUCGGCCCGUGGAGACCUCCACCGUCGCCGAGUCGCCGCCGUGCAGCCCGGCGGAGCGGCGCUCCACGCCCGUCAGUCCGCAGGCGCACCUGCCGCUCAUCUACGCGGACCCUCACGACUCGCGCGCGCCGUCGGCUGCCGUGCGACCACGCACAUCGGCACCGUUCACAUUCGACCAGAACGAGCACAUGCGUAUCAUUCUGGGAACCAAGAGUGGCAGCAGCUCGGUUUCCUCAGAGUCGCGGCCGCGCCGCGGGCUGGCCGCCCAGGCCAACUCGGGUCUCAAGGCGGGUGCGGCGGCGCUGCGUGCGCGAGCGGCUCCCUCCAAACAGAGGGCGUCUGCGCUGGCCUCUGACGGCUCCUCCAACGGGUUUCACCUGCGCCGAGAGACGCCACUAUAGCAGCGCCGGGCUCGGGCUGAUCCUCCCGCCGCCUGUGGUGGCGCCCGUCCUGACCCGCCGGCCGGCGGUGGCCGCCCCGUGCCCUCCACCGCCGCCCCUGAGCGGCCCAGCCGGCCCCGUCGUCCGGACCGCCUCCCGAAACGGUCUCUGUGUUUCUAGUCUGCAUCUGCGGCGCCGGGCGCCACUGUUUCGUUUGCAUAAUUUAUUUAGUGUGGGCCCCAGUGCGGGGCCCGGUGGUGUCCCUGUGCCCCGGUGACCGGCCAGCGUCGGUCACCGGGUGAAUCAUGGGCCGUUGGCCCCUGGCCGGUCCUUUCCGGCACGGGCCGAGCGGCGUCUCUCAGCGUCCUCUAGCAAUACUGGUGUGUCUGUGUAUAGCUGUAUCGUGCCCUAACCUGCACUGCCUUUACCACAGCCGAGCCAGGCGCCGGAUCGGCGGCACGCUUCAACCGCUACUGCUUGUCGCACAUACCGUGUAGGCUGGUGCAUUGUGUGGUAGCCGCUCAGAGUAGAAUCAUGUGGCGGACGAACGAUCUAUAGGCGGUGAUCCUCCAAAUAGGGACACUUUUGGGAUGGGAUCAUCCCUGCCUGCACUUUCCCCAUACAUACAGAUAUAGUGUUGUAUGCUUUUUGUGUGACAGUGACCUGAGGUCUUCAGUGUUGAUUAAAUGUGUCUCUUCAUUCUGCUUACAGUGGAUAGGUUUAGAUGCUUGUUUAUUGAUAUUCACUGACGCUUACUUAGUAGGUAUAUUCACCGGCAACGGGUAAAACACUGAAUCAAAUAAACCAUACACCGCUGUG